CCCGAGGGGGGCCCCCCCGAGAUCCGCCAGUGCGUUCGGGUAGUUUGAUAAUGGAGAGGUUAAGCAAUACAUAUAAACGUUGGUUAAAGUGAUGAUCUGGUCAAGAAGAACAGUGCUGGCCCUAUACAGAAGCUUGAUCCGUAAAGGAAACACUCUCCAAUACACUAACAAAAACUUCUACCUCAGAAGAAUUCGACAGGAGUUUGAUACUAAUAAAGAUUUGGCUGAUGAAGUAGCUAAAUCAAAAUGUCUUGAGAAAGGCUACUCAUUUCUCAAAAGAGAUGCUUUGAUGUGAAUAAGACUGAGUAGAUAUAAAUGUUACUGAAGACAUGUGACCAAAGUAUACUUAUACAAAUCACUCCAUACAUUCCGUCCAUCAUAAACAACAAUGACAAAAACUGUUAAAAUGUCAACAAAUAAUGAAAACCAUGAAAACGAAGCUGGGAUUCCAAUGGAACUAAAAUCCCAAGACAAUGGCACUCCUACCAACAGUAACCAUACUAACAGUAACCAUACUAACACAGCCUCAAGUACCAGUGAUGAAUUGAGUGAAGCUGCUUGUAAUGCUUUGGAUAUAGUUGGCAGCAAACAGGAACAAAGUUACGAUAAUUUUCUAAAAUCAUUCACCUACCUUCACAAAGAUGACAUCACUAAACAGUUGAUUAAGACGCAAGAGAAAAUGUUUCACGAGAGCUUAAAUGGGAAUGCUGAAGAACACACCAAUAACACAGAAGAAAAUGAUGUUGAAGUUGAGGAUAUUGAUUCAGAUGAGAUGAUUGAGACUCUUAAUGAAGUGCUACCUGGAGCUCCCUCAACAAGUGGAGUUAUGGUGAGAGCUGAGACUCCAGGGAGCAUUGUAAAACUGGAUAACUUUGUACAAGAUGAAAGUAACCAUGAUAGCGGGGAAGAUGUCCUAGAUAUUGACCUUGGAGAUGACGAGGCUCCUUAUCUUCCAGACUUCAGUGACACAAACACAACACCCCGGGGAGGGACCACAAUCCUCUCCCCCAGGAUCCGAGAUCUCAGCUUGUCACCCCCUCAGUCUGACCCCCAAUUCUAUGAUAGCGCUGGUGUACCCAUAAUUCCUGAAGAACCCCAUAAUGAUCUCAGUGAAAGUAAUGAUGAUGAACUUGAAAUUAAAAUUCCUGAUACAGUUACAAACUACCCUGGUGAGAUUGAGACAGUACAGAUAAGCCCAAGAGCAUGUGAUAUUCAACGUGUGAGACAACUUGACUUUUCCACUCAGAGUUAUAAAGUUGAUCAUAGUGACCCACCACAGUUAAACAAUACUGGGACUGAAAACAGUGAAGUCAUUGAUGUGAAAAAUGAUGUUGAGGCAUUUAGCUUGGAUACAGAUUUUGAUUAUGAUAAUGUUGUUUUGACACCAAAAUACACUGCUGAGGAAAUGGAGAUGAUAUCUCAAGGUUUUGCAAAUAGAAAUGAUAAAGCCAACUGAUAAAACUCCAUGUAAAUGUACCUUUAUGGACAAACAUAUGAUUUUUCUAAAGAGUGUUGUGUUUGUAGAAAGUAGUUCUAUUAUUCUGUGGUUUGUCUUAACUUUGUUUACUGGAAGGCAGCAUGAUUCAGUUAAAAUGAAACUGAAAUUGAAUGCAUUUAUAAUACCCCUUUGCUACAUUUAAACAUUUUUGUAGACAUUUUUUAGAUGAACCAUUUUGUUAACAACUCUUUCAUCUAUGAUUUGCUAUCUACUUUUUGUAUUCUCCAAAAACCACACCCGGUGUUCGGAAAAUAUGAAUGGAGAGGGAGUAGUUGAUUUUUUUGCUAGAAAAUUCAACAAAUUUGCAAGAAAUAUUUUUCCAUGAACUAGUUUACAAAUAAAUUGCUAAAUUAAG